AUGUACCGCCAAGUCAUGGUGCAUCCGUCGCAAACUAAUUAUCAGCGCAUUCUCUGGCGCGACAAGUACACUUCUAACGUCGUGGCAUACGAGCUUCUCACUUUGACGUAUGGUACAUCGCCAGCGUCGUUCUUGGCCACGCGAUGCUUGAAGUGGCUGGCCGAGCAUUGUGCAAUUGUUUGGCCCCGCGGUGCCGUGUGUGUCGGACGCGACUUUUACGUCGACGACAUGCUUACCGGGGCCGACACGAUCAACGAAGCAUUAGCAAUCCGGGACGAAACGAUCGAAGCAUUGCGUUCCGGCGCCUUCGAGCUCGGCAAAUGGGCAUCAAGUUGCUCCGAAUUGCUGGUCGGAGUAAAAGAUCAGUGCGAUAACCCGGUUGUUAUUCAUAAUGGCCCAGAAUCGUCUGUAUUGGGCAUUCAUUGGAUCCACUCACAGGACACCUUUCGGUUCUAUUACGAACCCGAUGACAUUUCCGUCAUAACGUCUAAGCGAAGAAUAUUAGCGGACACCUCCAGAAUUUUUGACCCUCUUGGUCUGCUGGGGCCGGUAAUUGUUUUGGCCAAGCUAAUUCUCCAGGAGCUUUGGCAGCUAGGCGUUCAUUGGGAUGAAUCAGUCCCGCAAGAGUUACACGAGCGUUGGACGGCGCUCAAGUCGCAAUUAGCUGGCAUCAAUCAGCUUAAUAUUCCCCGCUGUGUUAAAAUUUCAAGCGAUCCCAAAUCGGUGCAGAUACAUGGGUUUUGCGACGCGAGCCAGAAGGCUUAUGGAGCGUGCAUUUACCUGCGAUCAGAGAUUGCUGACCGUACUUACCAUACCGAGUUGUUGUGUUCGAAGUCGCGCGUGGCGCCUCUCAAGGCGCUUUCGCUACCACGGCUCGAGCUUUCAGCAGCACUAUUAUUGGCAAGGUUAUGGCAUAAAAUUCAAUCGGCGUUUGACACAGUCGGUAUGCAAAUCUAUCUUUGGUCGGAUUCUACCAUAGCAUUAAAUUGGAUCACUUCCCCAUCUCGAAGAUG